UCCAUGAAGACAUUGUUGUAAAUGCGAAUAUGGUAUUAUAAAACCGAUAUCUAUUGAUUUCCGAGUUGAUAAGAUUAUGAUUCUCAUUUCUCACUGGGAAUCUCAAGUCAGUUGAAUAUUAAGUUGCGAUUCGAGUGUUUUUAUUUUUAAAAGGUUGCCGGAUAAAUGAGUGAUGUUCCGCGAAAGACGAAAGAAAGAAAACCUCGCCGGCAGAGGUCCAUCUAUCAGGUCCAUUAUAGUCUCCCUGCUUGCACCGAGAUGACAGCUAAGCCCCUUUCGAAACCAUACGAGUCCCUGGAAGUCCAUAAAUAUGGCCGCCAAGUCGCUGGCCACACCAGCACUGAUGUUAGCAGCAAGUACUUAGGGCUGCUCCAAUGCAACAACGGGACAAUUCUAAAACCGAUUCUCAAGGAAUCACAAAAACGUGAAGUGGACUUCUACACAAAAGUGUUCUCAUCGAACGAAAAAGAUUUGGUUCAAUUCAGGGAAUUUGUGCCAAAAUACUUUGGAUGUAAGAAAUUUACGUACAAUGGAUUCGAACAGGAAUAUAUUAUUCUUGAUGAUCUCACGGAGAGGAUGCUGGAGCCUUGCAUCAUGGAUGUUAAAAUUGGUAAACAAACGUGGGACCCCAUGGCUUCACAGGAGAAAAUAGAAAGAGAGAAAAGCAAGUACAAGAAGUGCAAAGAGGAGUGGGGCUUCUGCAUUCCAGGGUACCAGGUGUACAGGUUGGACAGCGGAGCCCUGCUCAAGUACGGGAAGGACUACGGGAAAAAACUGCAUGGUCACGUUGUCACUGCAGCCAUCAAGAACUACUUGAACGGCCAGGGCGGUCACCUCUGCCGCGCCUUGAUCCUGCAAUUCCUGUCCCGGCUCUGGGCCUUGCAGAGAUGGUGCUCGAGGCAGACCUCGUUGAGGCUCUACUCGACAUCCCUGUUGCUCGCAUAUGACGCCGCUAAACUCAGGAGUUGCUAUGGGGAAACUGCGACCUUUGAGGGGAAAAAAGAGAAAUGCCGCCCAAUCCCUCCGACGCGUCGUAGGUCAAUUCACUCGUUACACAGUCCCCUGAGCGGGUCCAAUUUCAGCGGGCUGUUGUCCCCCACGGGACCCGUGUACAAAACGCUCAGUCCCACGCGCCUCACGAUUUGUAAGCCCCUGUCCCCGCCCCCGGUCACGUCUCCCUGGACCGAAGCCCUGGACAAGUUGAACCACAAUCACUCCUUCGAACACAAUUACGAAGAGAAGCUUUGCAAGAUUAAAAUGAACUAUCGAGCCGUUCUCGAUCAGCUGAGUCAGGAUUCCCCGACUCCCAACCUCUGGGGAACCCUCAAAGUGAUAGAUUUCGCCCACGCCUUCUUCAACGAGGAACAGGAGAAGGCCGGAGACGAGAACUUCAAGGAGGGCGUCGACAGUUUUGUGGGCAUUUUUGAAGCUUUGCUGAGAGAAACGGAUGAUCAAGUCUUUUGAAUGAUGGGAGAUGGAUUAAAUGAGUUUUAUUAAUUUGUGGCGCCAACGACGCGAGUCCUGAAAUAUGUAAUUUAUGAGGUUUAGACUCAUUGAAAGAAAAUGCCACAAAUUUAUUUGAUCCUACUUUUGACGUAAUAAACAUGUGCCAAAUACUUUUGUAAUAAUUAUAUUUUAGCUUAAAAGUGAAGUAUUCAUUAUAAUUAGAAUUUAUCAAAACUAAAUGUAUUUUUUUAUUAGAAUAAUUUAUUUCCAAGAAAUACUAAAACUAAUGUCAAAUGUUUGUGAUGAUCUAUCAAAUAUUUUAGUUAAUUAUAAUUUGAAAUUAA